AUGUUUGAUGUCGAAGAGGUUCUCUCCAAGCUUUCGUUAGGGGAGAAGGUCUCUCUUCUAUCCGGAGAGGACUUUUGGCAUACUAAGCCUUUAGACAACUUUGGUGUUCCUUCGAUUAGAGUGUCCGAUGGGCCAAAUGGUAUCAGGGGAACCAAAUUGUUUGAUGCAAUUCCGGCUUCAUGUAUUCCUUGUGGGACAGGAAUUGGGGCAAUGUUCGAUAAAGAGUUUGUUAGCUCGAUUGGAAAAUUCCUGGCUGCAGAAGCCAAAUUAAAGGGAGUCAAUGUUGUACUGGGUCCAACAGUAAACAUUGCCCGAGGCCCACUAGGCGGGCGAGGGUUUGAGUCCUUUAGCGAAGAUCCGGUUUUGUCUGGCUUAAUUGCUGCCCAGUAUAUCAAGGGCCUGCAAUCUGAGAAUGUCUUUGCAUGUUUAAAACAUUACGUUUGCAAUGACAUGGAACAUGAGAGAAAAGCUUCAAACACUAUCGUCACAGAGAGAGCUUUGAGAGAACAAUAUUUGUUACCAUUUCUAAUUGCCCUGAAAGAGAGUAAUCCUCGUUGUCUCAUGACAUCCUACAACAAAGUUAAUGGAACUCAUGUUUCUGAAUCACCUUUUUUGAUUGGUGAAAUCCUAAGAAAGGAAUGGGGGUUUGAUGGCCUGAUAAUGAGUGAUUGGUUUGGAACCUAUAGCGUUUCUGAGUCUCUAAAUGCUGGGUUGGGACUCACCGGAGCCGACAUGUCUUUCAAUUUUGGUGGAAUUGAUUUGGAGAUGCCCGGCCCCGGUCAAUGGAGAGGAAGUCUUGUAAGCCAUAGUGUCACUUCAAAUAAAGUCAAUGAGACUACGAUAGAUAUGUGCGCCAGAAAUGUUUUAAGACUGGUGAAGGACUGCCAAGAUCAAGGAAUGAGACUAGGAGGUACAGAAGAAUGCGUCGUCAAUGAUACGAAGCUUCAAUCAUUAAGAGAUAUGGCUGCAAAAUCCAUAGUUCUUCUCAAGAAUGAAGAUAAUGUGCUCCCAUUGAACAAGAGGAAGGGUCUUUUGGUAAUCGGACCUAAUGCAAAGUUUGCUGCCUACUGUGGUGGAGGUUCGGCUGCCUUGACAACUUAUCACGCAGUCACACCAUAUGAAGGAUUAAAAGCUCAAUUAGACGACGAAAGUUUAGCCCAUUAUGCUCCCGGGUGCUACUCUCACAAAAUGUUACCGCUCAUGGAUGACAAAAUUAAAACAAAAGAUGGAGAGCCCGGAUUUAUCUUCAAAUUCUAUACUCAACCUCAUGAUGUUGUUGAUAGGGUUCCUUUUGAUACCUUUCAUCUUAGAAAAACUCAUGUUUACUUGUCAGAUUAUAAGCAUGAGGCCAUCAGAAACAAUCCAGUGUUUUAUGGAACAACGGAGGGGUAUUUCACUCCCGAAGAAUCUGGAGUCUAUGACUUUGGUCUUUGUGUUAGGGGAACAGCAAAAUUAUUUAUCGACGACGUUGAGAUGAUUGAUAACGAAUCUCAACAGACACAAGGAACAUCAUUCAUGAACAAUGGUACAGUUGAAGAGAAAGCAUUUAUUGAGUUAACUGCUGGUCGUACUUACAAGAUCUCAUGUACUUUCGGAUCGGGGCCUACCAGCAAAUUGAUUUCAUCUAAGGCUGUGAUCUUUGGUGGAGGAGGAAUUUCGUUCGGUUGUGCUAAACAAAUCGACGAAGAGCAGACAAUCAAUCAAGCCGCUCAACUUGCCGCAAAAGCGGAUCAGGUGGUAGUGGUCAUAGGACUUAGUGAAGAGUGGGAAUGUGAAGGUUUCGAUAGAGCAACCAUGGAUCUUCCUGGAAAGACAGAUCAACUUGUCAGAGAAGUUCUCAAAGCAAACCCCAAUGCUGUCAUUGUAAAUCAAUCGGGUACUCCCGUCACUAUGAGCUGGGCCUCUCAGGCGAAAGCGAUUGUCCAGUCUUGGUAUGGUGGAACAGAGAUGGGAAAUGGUCUAGCAGAUGUUUUGUUUGGAAAUGUGAACCCUAGCGCUAAGUUGCCUCUUUCGUUCCCAGUUAAAAAUGAAGAUAAUCCAGCUUUCCUGAACUUUGAAAAUACUGGUGGAAGGGUCCUUUAUGGGGAGGACAUUUACGUGGGCUACAAGUAUUAUGAGAAAACUAGAAAGAAACCACUUUUUGCCUUUGGUCACGGUCUAUCAUACUCAAAAUUUGAAUUUUCUGAUCCGGAAGUGGAUCUUGAUGAUGAAUUUUUGGUUUGUUCGUGUGAUGUUAGAAAUGUCUCUUCAUUAUCUGGAUCUGAGACAAUUCAAAUUUAUAUUGGACAACUGGACCCAUCACAAAGUCGUCCCGUGAAAGAUUUAAGAGAUUUCACGAAGGUCCAUUUGAACCCUAAUGAAACUAAGAGGGCGGUUUGCAAAAUUAGCCUCAAAGUUGCUACUUCCACUUUUGAUGAGUUGACUAAGCACUUUAAAAUGUCCGAAGGUAAUUACGAGGUUCUAUUUGGUGUCUCUAGUGAUAAAAUAGUUCUUCGUGAGCAGUUUAAAGUACAAAAUACGAUCUACUGGAAAGGUUUUUAUUAG